CAGAAAACCAGAAAGUACUACACCAUGAUUGAUUCAAGGACAAAUUUAAGUGAAUGUAUACAUACUUGGUCUUAGUGCAUUGACUAAGAACAAAUUAUUAGAAUUGCAUUUUUUGUUACUGUAAGUACUAAUACGAAUAUAAAAUAGCCUCUAUAUAUUUACUAAAAGCUAGGUACGACAGGGAAGCAAAAAUGAGUUUAUUUUCAAUCCGGCCAGCUACAAAAGACGAUUGUAAAGACAUCGUUCGGUUAAUGAAGGAAAUGGCAGAAAAUGAAAGGAUGCCAAAUGGCUUCAAAGUAGAUGAAAAAACCUUACAGAAAGAUGGGUUCGGGAAGAGACCAUUUUACUACUGUUUCGUAGCAGAACUGAAUAAAGAAGAAUUAAGCGCAGGCAUUGUAGGAUAUGUACUUUACUUCUUUACGUACUCCACGUGGGAAGGCAGGUCAAUAUACGUACAGGACUUGUACGUUAGUCCUCAGUAUAGACGUCGUGGAAUGGGUAGUGCCCUACAGAAAAGGACAGUUCAAGCAGGAAUCGAAAAUGAAUGCUCUCGUGUAAAUUUUGCUCUGUUGAACCGGAAUACGUUCUCUAUCGAGUUCUACAAGAAGCAAGGUGCCAUAGACCUCACAGAAACUGAAGGAUGGAAUGUCUUUCGUCUGAAGAAAGACGACUUGUUCCGUUUAGCUGAAAAAUAAAAACAUGCAUUUAUUCUG